CUUGGCUGUCUCUGUCUGUCUGCCAGGGUCUCAGGGUGGCCGCCCCAGACGGACAGUGUGAGCUUGGGAUCCUCCUGUGACCUCUCCAGCCUAGGUCCCCUCAGCCACUCAGCCCCAAGAUGGGUCGUGGGGUGGGCCGUGAGUAUUCACCUGCCGCCACCACGGCGGAGAAUGGGGGCGGCAAGAAGAAACAGAAAGAGAAGGAGUUGGAUGAGCUGAAGAAGGAGGUGGCUAUGGAUGAUCACAAGCUGUCCUUGGAUGAGCUGGGCCGCAAGUAUCAAGUGGACCUGUCCAAGGGCCUCACCAACCAGCGGGCUCAGGACAUUCUGGCUCGGGACGGGCCCAAUGCCCUCACUCCACCCCCUACCACCCCCGAGUGGGUCAAGUUCUGCCGUCAGCUUUUCGGGGGCUUCUCCAUCCUGCUGUGGAUUGGGGCCAUCCUGUGCUUCCUGGCCUUUGGCAUUCAGGCUGCCAUGGAGGACGAACCAUCCAAUGACAAUCUAUAUCUGGGUGUGGUGCUAGCAGCGGUGGUCAUCGUCACUGGCUGCUUUUCCUACUAUCAGGAGGCCAAGAGCUCCAAGAUCAUGGAUUCCUUUAAGAACAUGGUGCCUCAGCAAGCCCUCGUCAUCCGGGAGGGGGAGAAGAUGCAGAUCAAUGCAGAGGAGGUGGUGGUGGGAGACCUGGUGGAGGUGAAGGGUGGGGACCGCGUCCCUGCUGACCUCCGGAUCAUCUCUUCUCAUGGUUGUAAGGUCGAUAACUCAUCCCUAACAGGCGAGUCGGAGCCCCAGACCCGCUCCCCCGAGUUCACUCACGAGAACCCCCUGGAGACCCGUAAUAUCUGUUUCUUCUCAACCAACUGCGUGGAAGGCACCGCCAGGGGCAUCGUGAUUGCCACAGGUGACCGGACAGUGAUGGGCCGCAUAGCCACUCUCGCCUCGGGCCUGGAGGUGGGGCGGACGCCCAUCGCCAUGGAGAUUGAGCAUUUCAUCCAGCUGAUCACAGGGGUGGCUGUGUUCCUGGGCGUCUCCUUCUUCGUGCUGUCCCUCAUCCUGGGCUACAGCUGGCUGGAGGCCGUCAUCUUCCUCAUUGGCAUCAUCGUGGCCAAUGUGCCUGAGGGGCUUCUGGCCACCGUCACUGUGUGCCUGACGCUGACCGCCAAGCGCAUGGCGCGGAAGAACUGCCUGGUGAAGAACCUGGAGGCGGUGGAGACGCUGGGCUCCACGUCCACCAUCUGUUCGGACAAGACGGGCACCCUCACCCAGAACCGCAUGACUGUUGCCCACAUGUGGUUUGACAACCAGAUCCACGAGGCCGACACCACUGAAGAUCAGUCUGGGGCCACUUUUGACAAACGGUCACCCACAUGGACAGCCCUGUCUCGGAUCGCUGGUCUCUGCAACCGAGCCGUCUUCAAGGCUGGGCAGGAGAACAUCUCCGUGUCCAAGCGUGACACAGCUGGCGAUGCUUCUGAGUCAGCUCUGCUCAAGUGCAUUGAGCUGUCCUGUGGCUCCGUGAGGAAGAUGAGGGACAGAAACCCCAAGGUGGCGGAGAUUCCUUUCAACUCUACCAACAAGUACCAGCUGUCCAUCCACGAGAGAGAAGACAGCCCCCAGAGCCACGUGCUAGUGAUGAAGGGAGCCCCGGAGCGCAUCCUGGACCGCUGCUCCACCAUUCUGGUGCAGGGCAAGGAGAUCCCCCUAGACAAGGAGAUGCAAGAUGCCUUUCAGAACGCCUACAUGGAGCUGGGAGGCCUGGGCGAGCGUGUGCUGGGCUUCUGCCAUCUGAAUCUGCCUUCUGGAAAGUUUCCUCGGGGCUUCAAAUUCGACACAGAUGAGCUGAACUUUCCCACAGAAAAGCUCUGUUUUGUGGGGCUCAUGUCUAUGAUCGACCCACCCCGGGCAGCUGUGCCAGAUGCUGUGGGCAAGUGCCGAAGUGCAGGCAUUAAGGUGAUCAUGGUGACCGGGGACCACCCUAUCACUGCCAAGGCCAUCGCCAAAGGCGUGGGCAUCAUAUCCGAGGGUAAUGAGACUGUGGAGGACAUUGCAGCCCGGCUCAACAUUCCUGUGAGCCAAGUCAACCCCAGAGAAGCCAAGGCGUGUGUGGUGCACGGCUCGGACCUGAAGGACAUGACGUCGGAGCAGCUGGACGAGAUCCUCAGGGACCACACGGAGAUUGUGUUUGCCCGGACCUCCCCGCAGCAGAAGCUCAUCAUCGUAGAGGGCUGUCAGAGGCAGGGAGCCAUUGUGGCGGUGACAGGGGACGGGGUGAAUGACUCCCCUGCGCUAAAGAAGGCCGACAUCGGCAUCGCCAUGGGCAUCUCCGGCUCUGACGUCUCCAAGCAGGCAGCUGACAUGAUCCUGCUGGAUGACAACUUUGCCUCCAUCGUCACAGGCGUGGAGGAGGGCCGCCUGAUCUUCGACAACCUGAAGAAAUCCAUCGCAUACACCCUGACCAGCAACAUCCCCGAGAUCACCCCCUUCCUGCUGUUCAUCAUCGCCAACAUCCCCCUCCCUCUGGGCACCGUGACCAUCCUCUGCAUUGACCUGGGCACCGACAUGGUCCCUGCCAUCUCCUUGGCCUACGAAGCAGCUGAAAGUGACAUCAUGAAGCGACAGCCGCGAAACCCCCAAACCGACAAGCUUGUGAAUGAGCGGCUGAUCAGCAUGGCCUACGGACAGAUCGGUAUGAUCCAGGCUCUGGGGGGCUUCUUCACCUACUUUGUGAUCUUGGCGGAGAAUGGGUUUCUGCCAUCAACGCUGCUGGGAAUCCGCCUCGACUGGGACGACCGGUCCACGAACGACCUGGAGGACAGCUACGGACAGGAGUGGACCUACGAGCAGCGGAAGGUGGUGGAGUUCACGUGCCACACGGCCUUCUUUGCCAGCAUCGUGGUGGUGCAGUGGGCUGACCUCAUCAUCUGCAAGACCCGCCGCAACUCUGUCUUCCAGCAGGGCAUGAAGAACAAGAUCCUGAUUUUCGGGCUCCUGGAGGAGACAGCGUUGGCUGCCUUUCUGUCUUACUGCCCUGGCAUGGGGGUGGCCCUGCGCAUGUACCCCCUCAAGGUCACUUGGUGGUUCUGCGCCUUUCCCUACAGUCUCCUCAUCUUCAUCUAUGACGAGGUCCGAAAGCUCAUCCUGCGGCGAUAUCCUGGGGGCUGGGUGGAGAAGGAGACUUACUACUGAGCCUCUGGAAGAAGCACCAGGCACAGAAGGAGAGACGGGGUGCUCUGGAGGUGUCGCAGGGAUGGUGAUGGGAAGGGAUGGGGUAAACGGGGUGUAGUAUUUCAGGGGAAGGUUUCAAGAGAAAGAAUGAGACAGGCUAAGUUGGCAGGAGUAGGUAAGUAGGCUCCUAGGGUUUGCUCCGUAGUUGUAACUGAAAACUUGCGUUAGACCUGGAUCCUUUUCCAUCCCGCUCUACUACGCUGUCUAUUUUUUCAAGGUUGCCCCAGACCUCCCCAUGUCCUAUACCUUCCCCCCACCUCCUAUUGAAACAGUUCAACAUCCAAAGGCUGGGACCUGUCUAAUGCAGAGAAGUAAAUCCUCAGAUCACCAAGGGACCCUUCAUGUCGCCUCGUUUUGCUUACACCCUCCCCUUCCUGCCUAGCUCUGUCCCCUCUGCUUCCCCUCAGACCUUGAAGUCACAGAAGCACCUCCUUGAGUACAAGAGCCUGAGACCAGAAUGGGAAGCUGGCUGGAGAGGCCAGACCUGUCUGCCAGUCAAGGCUGACCAGGCACCUGGAGAGGAGAGAUGGGGGGGAGGCUGGGCUGCUGGCUGGAAGAGGAGGACGGCAAAGGAGUAGAAGCAGAAAAGGAUAGCAGUGGUGCCAGCGACCAGACAGAUGUUGGAAAAGUCUUGAGUCUCCAGGUAGAUGGGAUGGGCUCCAGCACCAUGUCCUACCCUUUUGGAUACCCCACUGACAGAUCAAAUUCACAUCUCAUCAGAGUAGCAGCAGAGACAUGACCAGGAGGUAACUGGGGGAGCCGCAUAGAGCCACACCAUGUGCCUCUUAGUGACCCACUGGCCCUUAGCUAGCAGUCCUCUUGGUCCACAGACAUGGAGG